GGGUUGCUAGGUCCGGGGGCGGAGGGCUGCGGCUGCGGUCUGCGCGGCGCGGCGGGAGGCGACCGGGAGGCGAUGGGGAGGCGGGCGCAGUCGACCCAGGGGUGGGGAAGUGGGAAGGCGAAGGACGCGCGUUCCCGGGCUCGUGACCGCUGGCGGCCGGGGGAACGGGAGCCCAGACAGCCGGGGAGAGAUGGCAGGCGGCAGGCACCGGCGCGUCCUGGGCACCCUCCACCUGCUGCUGCUGCUGCUGCUGGCCGCCCUGCCCUUGGCAGCCUGGGCGGUCAGUCCUGGCGCCGCAGCCUGGACUGAGGAGAAGAAUUAUCACCAACCAGCCAUAUUGAAUUCAUCGUCUCUUCGGCAAAUUGCGGAAGGCACCAGUAUUUCUGAAAUGUGGCGAAAUGACUUACGGCCCUUGCUGAGAGAGCGAUACCCCGGGUCUCCCGGAAGCUAUGCUGCUCGUCAGCACAUCAUGCGACGAAUUCAGAGGCUCCAGGCCGACUGGGUCUUGGAAGUAGACACCUUCCUGAGUCAGACGCCCUACGGGUACCGGUCUUUCUCGAAUAUCAUCUGCACCCUCAAUCCCACUGCAAAAAGGCACUUGGUCCUUGCCUGCCACUAUGACUCCAAGUAUUUUGCCCAUUGGGACAACAGAGUGUUUGUGGGAGCCACAGAUUCAGCUGUGCCUUGUGCAAUGAUGUUGGAACUAGUCCGUGCCUUAGACAAGAAACUCCUUUCCUUGAAGAACGUUUCAGACUCCAAGCCAGAUCUUUCACUCCAGCUGAUUUUCUUUGACGGGGAAGAGGCUUUUCUUCACUGGUCUCCUCAAGAUUCUCUUUAUGGGUCUCGACACUUAGCUGCAAAGAUGGCAUCGACCCCACACCCACCAGGAGCAAGAGACACCAACCAACUGCAUGGCAUGGAUUUAUUGGUCUUAUUGGAUUUAAUUGGAGCUCCAAACCCAACAUUUCCCAAUUUUUUUCCAAACUCUGCCAGAUGGUUUCAUAGACUUCAAGCAAUUGAACAUGAACUUCAUGAAUUGGGUGUGCUCAAGGAUCACUCUUCGGAGAGGCAGUAUUUCCGGAAUUAUGGUCUUGGAGGUGUGAUUCAGGAUGACCAUAUUCCAUUUUUAAGAAGAGGUGUUCCAGUUCUGCAUCUGAUACCAUCUCCUUUCCCUGAGGUCUGGCACACCAUGGAUGACAAUGAAGAAAAUUUGGAUGAAUCAACCGUUGAUAAUCUAAACAAAAUCAUACAAGUCUUUGUGUCAGAAUAUCUUCAUUUGUAAUAUUCUGAUUUAGUUUAUGGUAAUUGCUCCUAGCAUCAAAUUCAAAAGUCAAGGCACCAUUUAAAAUAAUCUGAUUCUAGCCAAAUGCUGUGUGGAAACUUCUACUCUAUAGAUUCAUUCUGUGGGUGAAUAUGAAAUCAAUGAAUCCUAGAAUUAUUUUGUGUCCUAAGUUGCUCAUUAAUUUUCAUCUACAGAUAAAAAGGGAACAUGUAAGGAAAACAGAAAUAAAUAUCUUUUUUUUAA